AUGACCGAAGACCGAUUGUAUGGAACAGAGGGUGAAAAUAGAAGAAUAGCGGAUGGUUCUUCUUCUGUCGCUGGGAACAAUCAAAAUCGCGUAUUCUCUCGACUAGUGAACUAUUCUAACACGGCGUGGCAACUCUCCUCUUACAUUCCCUUCGCAUCGGCGACGUUCAUUUACGUAGGUUGCGGCCGCGCGAUUUACACGCUCGACUUGAGCAAGAUCGCGAUGGUGCUAGGCGGGUUUCAGGUCGAAGUACUCGUGUGUAAUUACGGACCCGUCGAUCGUACAGCAUCCCAGCAGCUCUACACGCUCGGCCGACCAGGCUUGUGCCCGCUUGGAACCCUCCUCAGCGACCGUUACCCGUCUCUCUGCAAUAAUAACAGUGAUUCAGUGUUAUUUGUGCAUGCAAGUGCAUACAGGCUGUUUAAGUAA